AUGAGGGCGCCCGGGCUGCUGCCGCCCGCGCUGCUGACCUGCUGCUGGCUGCUCGCCCCGGUGAACAGUGUUCACCCAGAAUGCCGAUUUCAUCUGGAAAUACAGGAGGAAGAAACAAAAUGUGCAGAGCUUCUAAGGGCUGAAUCAGAGAAAUACAAAGACUGCAGUGGAGUCUGGGACAACCUCACGUGCUGGCGCCCUGCAGAUGUAGGCGAGACCGUCACAGUGCCCUGUCCAAAAGUGUUCAGCAAUUUUUACAGCAAACCAGGAAACAUAAGCAAAAACUGCACGAGUGAUGGAUGGUCGGAGAUGUUUCCUGAUUUCAUAGACGCGUGCGGCUAUAACGACCCCGAGGACGAGAGCAAGAUCACAUUCUAUGUUCUGGUGAAGGCCAUUUAUACGCUCGGCUACAGUGUCUCUCUGACUUCCCUUACAACCGGAAGCAUAAUCCUUUGCCUCUUCAGGAAGCUGCACUGCACCCGGAACUACAUCCACCUGAACCUGUUCCUCUCCUUCAUCCUGCGAGCCAUCUCGGUGCUGGUCAAGGAUGACGUCCUGUACUCCAGCUCUGGCACACUGCACUGCCCCGACCAGCCGUCCUCCUGGGUGGGCUGCAAGCUGAGCCUGGUGCUCUUCCAGUACUGCAUCAUGGCCAACUUCUACUGGCUCCUGGUGGAAGGGCUGUACCUCCACACCCUCCUGGUGGCCAUAUUCUCCCCCAGCCGACGCUUCGUGGCCUAUCUCCUGAUUGGAUGGGGCAUCCCCACAGUCUGCAUCGGGGCAUGGACUGCGGCCAGGCUCUCCCUGGAAGACACGGGUUGCUGGGACACCAACGACCACAGUGUUCCCUGGUGGGUCAUCCGAACACCAAUCCUAAUUUCUAUCAUAGUCAAUUUUGUCCUUUUCGUGAGUAUUAUACGAAUUCUCCUGCAGAAGUUGACAACCCCAGAUGUCGGCGGCAAUGACCAGUCACAGUAUAAGCGGCUGACCAAGUCCACCCUGCUGCUCAUCCCGCUGUUCGGAGUCCACUACAUGGUGUUCGCCGUCUUUCCCAUUGGCAUCUCCUCCAAAUACCAGAUACUGUUCGAACUGUGCCUCGGAUCGUUCCAGGGCCUGGUGGUGGCAGUCCUCUACUGCUUUCUCAACAGUGAAGUGCAGAGCGAGCUGAGAAGAAAAUGGAGAAGCCUGUGCCCCAGCCAGCCCUCCGGCCGGGACUACAGGCUCCACAGCUCCUCCCUCUCGAGGAAUGGCUCGGAGAGCGCCCUGCAGUUCCACCGAGGUUCCUGUGCCCCAUCUGCCCUGCAGACGGAGACCUCGGUCAUCUAGUGUGCAGACCGACCCCCCCAGAGCCCGCGGGGUGCGGGGCGAGGUGCCCUGGUCGGUGAAUCGGCAGCAACUCAAUCAGCUGGUCUUUGCUUAUCCCGUCCGUGGAACUGGGGUCACACCGUAACUGACUGGAAUUUAAUCUAAUUAUUGUUACACUCCAGCAUUUAGGUAAUUUUGUUUAUAAUGCUGUUUGGCCGUGUAGGUGGACCCAUUUUCGAAGAGAAUGGGGAGACCGAAGUGGUCCCUGAAACUAGCUGCAGUGGCCCAGAUUGUGGGUCCAGCGGCUGCAGAAGGAAAACAAGGGCGUUUCCCAGUCUCAGGGCCUGUCCUCGGCAGGGCGCUGGGCCCUGCCCCGCAUGACCCGCAGCACUGGCCUCCCUGCCCGGGGCCCACAGGUAGCCCUCCGUCUGCAGGACGUGUAGAAGCCAGAUUAGGACCUCCAUGAAACCACUCCUGGAAGCCAAGGUGGAUCCCCCUCCCGGGUGCCUCACCAGUCCCCACAUGCCCGGGUCCUGUCCACACCACCGUCCAGGGCUCUCUUCUCCCUGCUUCUGCACCACCCUGGCUGGCCCAGCCCAGGGACAGUGCGGAGAGGAGCGUCGGGUAGUGACUGCGGGUGGUGGCAUGUCAGCCUCUGCACUUCGUGGGGGCCCCUCCACCGCUCGACGGACACCUCCAGGGCCACUUCAGGCCCCUUCACCCCGCGGGGGCGAGAGGGGCGCUCAGCAAGGGCCACUGGGUGACCUGUGGCCACGCUUCAGGCUCCUGGGCGUCAGGGUGACACCAGGCAUUUUAUCUGAUGGGAGUGGAAACCUAUUCUCUUUUUCAUGAAAAUAAUCUUAAAGGCAUUUCUAUUUAAGUGGAGAAUUAUUUUAACAAAGUAUCAAAGUGAGUUGAGCACUCCUGUCCAAUGUUGGCAAACUGCAGUCCUGGCUUCUAGUUCCUUUGAUGUUUGCGGACCUGAGGAGUGGUCUGAGAG